AUAUUAGAGAACAAAAAACGUAAAAAAAGAAAACACAGAAAGAGAGAAGGAAAGGAAGGACGAAAGAAUUUUGAAGCUUAGGGAGAAGUCUUGGUCUUGCAUACAAUACCUGGGGAGAGAAACGCUCAGUUCGCACGAAAAAAGGAUUCCAAAUUUACUUUCCAAUCUCAACUCCAUAAAUUAUCAGAAAGGCAUGGUUUACAGAAACGAGUGAAGCAGGCCGACGUUUCUUUUCCCUUCUUCUUUUCUUCAUUUCUUCAUCUCUUUCUUUCUCGCUUGUCGCUCCUCGAGGCACUUGACAAAGCCACCGUAGGAAAGAAGGAUCUCCUAAAGAGUUCAAUUCGCUCACUACCUCUUUGAUUGUGAAGGAAAGAUGCAGUCAAGUUUUCAGUAACUACUGCAUGGAUUUCCCUGGCUGAUGUGGCAUAAAUGGAAGGAGAAAUUCUUGCACAAAUUUACCAAGUAUAUCAAAUCUUUGCUGGUGACUGAAUAAUCUGUCUUCAAUGGUGAACUCAAAGUCCUUGAGACAACCAAUCAUAUGCUUCAGGCCUAUAAGACCGUCUGACCUUGAGAUUUUAGAGCAAAUUCACAGUGAUUUAUUUCCCAUUAGGUAUGAGGCUGAGUUUUUCGAAAAUGUAGUCAAUGGGCGUGAGAUUGUUUCAUGGGCAGCAGUUGAUCGCAGCCGGCCAAAUGAUGAAAAUGAUGAACUCAUUGGAUUUGUAACUGCACGAAUUGUUCUUGCCAAAGAAAGUGAGAUAGGGGAUAUUCUCAGUUACGACCCACUGAAAUCAGAUCAGACCUUAGUCUACAUUUUGACGCUGGGGGUGGUAGAAGCAUACAGAAAUCUUGGCAUAGCUUCUUCACUUAUCCGUGAGGUCAUAAAAUAUGCGUCGGGUAUACAGACAUGCAGAGCAGUUUACUUGCAUGUUAUUUCCUAUAACAAUCCCGCGAUCCGUUUGUACAAGAAAAUGUCAUUUAAGUCUGUUCGAAGAUUGCAAGGAUUCUACUUGAUCAAUGGUCAGCAUUAUGAUUCAUACCUGUUUGUCUACUACGUAAAUGGGGGACGAUCUCCUUGCUCGCCAUUAGAGCUCAUCACGGUUAUGCUGAGUUAUAUGAGGAAUGGAUUCAAGUCGAUGUCGGCAAGACUAUGGAGAAACGAUGGUAGGAAGCUCUCAAAAUGGUCCAAAUGUAAAGAAACCCACUGCCUUAUUUCCACAAAUCAAAGCAGAAGAAACAUUACAGCAGCUGAGUGUACAGGGUGCGAGUGUGUUUGAUUUGUCUUUUUCAGAAAAAAAAAAAAAAAAAGCUAAAAGAAAAUUUAAAGGGGAGAGAGAGAGAGAGAGAGAGAGAGAGAGGGAGGGAAGCAUUAGGAAAAUGAAUAAUGUCUGGUCUGGUCUGCCUGUAAUAAAACUUUUUUUGAUCUCGAUUGGAAGGUGAUUAAUAUUCACGUCUCA